UAAAAAAGUAAAGGAGAAAGUUGAUCUGUCAAAACCAAGGCGAUUGUGGAGCCCACGAGAAGAGCAAUGUCUUAUUAAUGCCUUGAUGCACAUUGUCAACAAUGGAAUGAAACAGGACAAUGCCUUCAAGGCCGGCUACCUUAUGAAGUUAGAGGAGAAAUUGUUGGAGAUGCUACCCGGGACAAACCUUCACGGCACUCCCCACAUUGAAUCAAAGAUAAAGAUAUGGAAGAAGCACUAUAACUGUGUAGCAAGAAUGCUUGGUACUAGUGGUUUUGGAUGGAAUGACACAGAGAAAAGAAUUGAUGUUGAGAGUGAUAGUGUCUGGGAAGCAUAUGUUCGGGUAAAAUACUUUCUUUUAAGUUACUUUGUAUAAGUUAUUAAUUUUUUAAUUCAUUUUUCUUUAAUCUUAAGUUGGAGCUAUUAAUUGAAAUUGGUUAUUGUAGAGGGAGAGCGAUGCGAAAAACUUACGAAACAAAAGUUUUUCGUAUUUCAACUCAUGGAUCCACAUAUUUGGUAAGGAUCGAGCUACGAGGGAGUUUGCUGAAGGGCCUGCUGAUGCAGUUGAUGCUAUAAAUGCUGAGGAAGAAUUGUUGUUCAAUAGUCUUGCAGAUGAUGGCACGUUUCUUGAACAUAUGGGUAUUAGUAUUCAUAUCGGUGAGGGAAUAAAUUGCUCCAGCUCAUCAAGUCAACGACCACCUGAAAG